AUGGUUGAAUGCACGCCAUGGUUUAUUUUUGGUAUAUCAUUCAUGUUGGCAUCCGACUUGCCGAUUGAGAUUCUCAUUCACAUUGCGAGUUUCCUGAAAACAAGUGAUAUUUUAAGCUGCACACAGACUUGUCAUCAGUGGACAGGUGCAUUUGAGACAUCACUUAAAGGAAUAAUAAGCAUCCGGAACAAAUGGAAACUAGAAGCCAUAAGUGGAAUUAUGGCUUCCGAUAACAAUAUCUACGCACACAACAGUAGUCGUAUUGAAGAAAUACAACUGUGCCCAUGGUUGGACAUGAGUAGCGAUCAGUUGGGAUUGCUCCAACAUCAGUUUAGAAAUAUCAAGCGCUUUAUUGCACCUCAUCAGAGCCUAAACAGCAAGACAUUUGGACUAGGAGAAGACUGGGAAUUGUGGGGUUAUUCUUUGACGUAUCUCUUUAUUAGCCUGGAACGACGAGAGUCAGGGAAACAGACGAGAGCAUUCGUAGAAUGUUUGAAGUAUCUUACAUGUCUGGAGCACUUGGAAUAUACUGAGACGUGUUGGGCACAAGUCUUGAAUGCGUCACUUGGAGACAUCGAGAGUUUCCAUGAAAAUCUACCGUCUAGUCUGACCUACCUUGGAUUAGACCUGCGGCUAUGCACCCUUUCUUUGGACGAGGCCUCGAGGUUAAAAAAAUUCCCAUCGAUACCGAAUAUCAGUAAUGUAAAAUUAGCCAUUCAAGAAAUGGAUCUUCGAUGGCUAUGUUACUUUGCACGGAAGUAUCCCAAUAUUGAUACAAUGUCAUGGAACAGUCCGUCAAGCAUGUACUUUCCGGACCUAUUUCACGACGAAGCUUUGGCACUGUUCGAUUCAUUGCCUCCUGCUUUCAGCCAGUUGAAGACCGUCAAUGUAGAUAGUACACCAGGAUCAAAGCCUAGCCAGAUUGUGUUUUGGCGGCUACUCCAACACUCCAAUGUUGCAUUAGACACUUUUAAUUAUUGUCUUGUGAAUGACCUUGAAUCUCAAGGUCUUCUAGAGACAAACAUUAGUGAAAUUAUUUGUUUUCAUGCAAAUACGCUUAAAAAAGUAACCUUUGGAACCGAUAUACUCAUUGACAACCCAUACACUAUUCCUACUGCAUUAGGGAAACUCAAUUGCGUAGUUGACCUCACAAUCAACGGUAUAAGCAAUCCUAUUUCAAUAGCUAUGAUUAUGGACAAUUGCAUAGUACUCAAGCGACUUGUUCUCACUGCCAAGAAGAUUCGUGCUCCUCCAAUAAGUACAAGUACACCCCAUGGUCUUUGCUUGCUCAAGAUAUCGUGUGCUAUCUUAGAAACAGAUUUUUUUACGUACAUAUCAUACCGUUGCCGGCAGCUUAGAUGGAUGUGUCUUGACAGGACAAAGAUUAUUGACUCUGUGCUACCUGAAGUUGGUCUGAAAAUUAAGAUGCCUUAUUCUCAUCUAGCAUUCCUGCAGCUUAACCAAGUUCGUUUCAUGGAAGUAUCUAACAAGUCUAAUAUACCCCUUGGUCUUAUUACACUGCACUCGUCAUGUAAGCUUCUCCAUCCAGAAGAUCCCACUAUUUACCGGCUUUCAUUUACUGGUUCUGGUCCACUCUGGAUCCAAGCACGCUGGAAAUAUCCUGAUUACACAGUUGCAAAAAUGCGUAUUCUUCCCAAAAAUGAAGCAAACUAUGUCCAAGAAGCCGUGGAUGCGGUAAAAACCAAAACAUUCAGCCAAUAUCAACUUGAAUUGAAAGAAGAGCUCAGCCGUGGUUUUGUUGAUUGGAGACUUGCAGCAGUAGACAGAUGUUGGAUGAGUGGGAAAAAGACAGAUAAUGAUGUGCAUAUAUGGAGAAGAUACACAACCUCUAAUCACGAUAUUUAA